AACGUAAUUGUCAGUUACAUCCUACUACGCCUGAAAGUAUUGUUUGCAUACCUUACUGUAGUUAAACCUCCAGCUUUGCAUCCUAGCUAGUUUUUGAUGUACAACCUUUGCUUCUAUGGUAUACUCGGAGAUGUUGGAUGUAGUGUACCAGGUACCGACUUUUUUUUAGAAGGCGACUACUCUGGUGACAGCCGCCACCCUUGCCUACAGCCCGCAGUGAAGGUAGAAGUACACAACCGCCAAAAGCACAACAUGGUGGAUCUUUCCUCUUAAAGCCAUCUGAGCUGUUAGUAAUUUGAUGACCUGAACACAUCGGUACCGUAUUUGACACCAAGUAGAGGUACUGUACCGGUAGUGCUACAAAUACUCCAAGAGCCAUUCGGUCACGCUCUGUUAUGUACCGGUCCAUGGAUUAGCGGGCUCACGCUCCCUCUUUAAAGCCCUGGUUAGGUACUUAAUAAAGACCUAGUCAACCCCUGCACGAUCCCUAAGUAUAAAUAUAGUUUUGUUAAGAACGAAACAGACGGUCAACGUUCUGGUUCAAGAUGCGAACUCCCUCAUCCGUGCCAAACUUUCAAAAGAUCUCCGUUGACCUUCAAAUAAAUAAGAAGCGACAUCAGCUUUUUAUUCACCAUCUGCUGCCUCUGCAUUUUUUUCGCAGAACCCGCCUCAUCACCGCGUCUUUUUGUCACACAAUCACAAUCUCUACUUCUUUCAAGCUCUGAAAGCAUCUGGCUAUUCUACCGUAUCUUAUUCCAAAGCAAACCAUCUCACCAUGACUGCCCUUCGAUCCAUUGCCGCAUUGAUCCUCCUGAGUGUUGUGUCCGUGUUGUCUGAUUCGGUGUGCCUAAUUCUCAAAGUGGACGAAUUUAGUCCUGCGAUGACCAAAUUCCUUGCCAACUGCACUGGCACCACAUGCUCCGUGGACUUUGCCGACUUCCCUGCAUCCAUGAACUUGGAAACUACCUGCGGAAAUUUGACUGGAGCCACCUUCUCGACAUACUCCCAGUCUAUCACUUGUGGUGGCGAUACUGUGUCAGCAGAGAAUAUUCCCUACUGUGCGACUCAAAAGUGCGAUACAGAUGAAUUGAAGAAGGCCAAAGAGGAAGUCGCUGAGGGCGUGAAUAAGGUUUACUCGGAUGUGGGUAUUGAUUGCAAGGUUACCGUAGAUUCCGGUGCUGCCUUGGCCCAAGGUUUCAUGUUGAGUCUCAUGGCUGUGAUGGGACUUGCCGUUUACUUUGCUUAGACAGCAAGCCGUGCCGUGCCCAUCAUGAUUUUGUAGCUGGAAGAUCAGAUGAGAAUGCUGUAUUGAACGUUUGGGAAGGAGGUACUCGAGUACUUGUUUUAAAGAAGUACCGUAUGGAUAAAGCCUAUUAGAAUAUUAUCUGCUUUCU